AUGACCAAGACACCCAAACCCAAACCCGCCCCCACCGCCGUGUCCACCCCCGCCAGCACCCGCGCCCGCCAGCACCGCCAAUCCCUCGCCCAAACGCGCCUCGCCAGCGCCUCCGCGGGCGUCAAAUCCGUGCGCCGCCACAAGCCCCGCACACCCACCGCCGAUCAGCAGCAGCAGCAGCAGCUCCGGCAGGUCGGUCUUGCAUCGUUUGGUUUCGCAAAAGACUCCCCCGCCCCCGCCACCGGCGACACCACUGAUACCACUACUCCCCGCGCACCACCGCAGCAGCAGCACAGGGCGAAGCGCCGGGGGCGACUCCCGCGGGAGGAGGUCGAGGUGCCGGAGACGCAGUUUGGCCAGAGCACGCAGUCGCCGGGGUUCUACAACACCACCACCAACAACGACGAUGCAUACUCCAGCCCACUAUCCUCGCCGCCACCCCUCCCCUCCGCCGACGACGACGACGUGGUGGGCGGGGUAGGGUCCCAGGCGUCAGUGAGCUCACGGGCUGCAAUGCCGCCGCCGCCCGUGACGCCGAAAAGACGCAAGGUGCUGGAGAUCCCAGACUCAAAGUCGCCGCCGGUGACGCCCAGAUGUUUUCGCCGACGGGGAGGCGAGGGGGGAGGUCGCCGCUGA